AAUCAAAUUGAACGAUAAGAAAUAAGCAUUUCAUCGCUGGUUGGUGUAUACUUGCUGGCAACUGGCAAGAUAUGAUGUUUUCACGAUAUUCACGUAAUACAGCUUCAUUGUUGGCCACGACCGCAUCUUCCAUUGAAAAAUUAUCCCUCAUUAGCACUGGUUUAAGAAUAAUAAGUUAGCGUCAAAGUGUAAGAACUUGAAAAUCUUAUCUUCUAAAUUUUGAAUUAAGGUCGAAUGGGUAAAUAAAUUAUAGGAGAUUUAUUUCAUUUCAAAUGGUAUCUUUGACCGACUUGAGUUUAGCACCACGCCCAACUUUAAACCUGUUGACUAUGUUUUUGUUUGAAGAAGUGUGUAAUAGAUGACAUGAACCCAAUAGUUCCUCUAUAAAUUGGUAGGAAAACCGAUUUAAAGAAAAAAAAUUAAGAAAAACAAGGGAGAGAUAUAUAUAGAGAAACACAUGGAGCGAGCCACAUCGUGCGGCGCAUUCUUCUUCAUCGCCAUAAUGUUCACAUUCCUGACGAGUACCGCCGCCGUACUUGACGCCGCCAACACCGUACAUUGCAGAGGUGGCCUCGUGACCGAGCACGACGUGGCAAUCUACUCUGCCUACGUGGCUCACGUACUUGCCGAGCUGGCCACCGUUACGCCCACCAUAUCGGGAUUUCAGUACGCGGCCGUGUUCCCCAACGACGCCACUGGUUCCGUCCAGGGCACGGCGACGUGUGACGGCACCACCGACGCUGGCCGCUGCAUAACCUGCCUUUCGGGUCUCCAGCAGUUGCUUGGCGGCUCCUGCAGCCAGUACGAGGGCGGCGGGGCUAGAGGCGGCGGCAUGAUUUGCGGCAUGGCUUUCGACAUGGUUCACUGAAGUACCAUGCAACCGCCGUCCGCCGGCCCGGUACUUCUAUCCCGUCCGCCGCGGGUUCCGCUUACCGGCCGGCAUGGGCAUGGCUUUCUGUGUUGUUUUGUUUCCUCCGGUUAUUUGGGUCUUUCGCUUUUGUUCACAUCGAGGAGUCUAAUUAAACGUAUUUAUAUCAUGGUCCAUGAAACCGUACCGGAGACCGUACCGGGAAGGUCAGCGAUGUGGUAUUUUAUGGUUAAACUGUGGUUUAAUCGUAGUUCAACCGUUGUACCAUUAUAUACCGCCUACCGAUUUAGCAUCUAAUACUGGUAUUUCGUAGUUGAAUUACUGGUACGGUACGGUUUCAUGGACCAUGAUUUAUAUCUACCUGGCCAGCUAAUAAGCACCAGAUGUUAAA